AUGAAAGCAAUUUUCGCUAGAACUGUGUUUGAUUCCACUGGAACUCCCACAGUAGAAGUUGAUCUUAUUACUGAUCUUGGUCUUUUCCGAGCAGCUGUUCCAUCUAGUCUCACCGCAGGUAUUUACGAAGCUCAAGAGCUUAGAGACCAGUCGAAUGAUUAUCAUGGCAACGGUGUUGCAGCAGCUAUUGAUAAUAUAAAUACUAUCAUAGCUCCGGAGCUUCUAAAGCAAGAUUUCGAUGUCACGGAACAGGAUAAAGUUGAUCAAUUCCUCAUAGAUCUAGAUAAAACACCGAAUAAAUCUAAAUUUGGAUCGAAUGCAAUUUUAGGAAUAUCUUUAGCGGUUUGUAAAGCGGGUGCAGCUAAAAGAGGUCUUCCUCUUUAUCGACACAUAGCUGAUUUAGCUGGAAUUAAAGAUUUGAUUAUCCCUGUACCAGCUUUUAACGUCCUUAGUGGUGGAACACAUGCUGGAAAUAAACUAACAUUUCAAGAAUUCUUGAUUCUCCCAACAGGUGCUACAUCAUUUGCCGAAGCAAUGAAAAUGGGGUCUGAAGUGUAUCAUCAUCUCAAAAAAGUAAUACAAGAUAAAUAUAAAGGUGCAGGUACUGCGCAAAGCAACGAAGGUGGAUUUGCUCCACCGAAUUUAAAAGCUACGAAAGACGCCUUGCAGUUUAUAGUUAAAGCCAUCAGAUUAGCUGGUUAUACGGGUAGAGUCGAAAUUGGGAUUGACGCUGCGGCAUCCGAGUUUUUCAAAAAAGGUGCGUAUAACUUAGAUUUCAAAAACCCCAAAUCUAAUCCGAAGAAAUUCCAAAAACCAGCCAAUUUGUUAAAAACAUAUACGCAGUUGUUAAAAACUUUCCCGAUAGUGUCCUUAGAAGAUCCUUUCGAUAAAGAAGAUUUUAAUUCUUGGAAAACCAUGACAGAAAAAGUGGACAUCCAGAUAGUAGCCGACGAACUUACGGCAACUAAUCCGCAAAGGAUUCAGCAAGCAAUUGAGCAGAAUGCCUGCAACUGCGCAUUGUUAAGGAUCAAUCAAAUAGGCACUAUAUCAGAAGCUAUAAAAAUUCAUCUUUUUGCUAAAGAAAACGGUUGGGGCACUAUGGUAGCUCAUACAUCUGGGGAAACUGAAGAUACUUUCAUAGCAGAUUUAGCUGUAGGUUUAUCGACUGGUCAGAUAAAAUGCGGGGCGCCGUCUAGAUCAGAACGAAUUGCAAAAUACAAUCAGAUUUUACGUAUAGAAGAAGAAUUGGGGAAAGAUGUUAGAUAUGCUGGGAAAGCUUUCAUGAGACCGCUUUGA